AUGGCAGAGCCAAUGGAAGAACAGAACCACCAAACUGCGGGAAAAUAUUUCAAGUGUGUCGGAACACCUCAGUCUGCCCAGAAGAAGACUCGACUAAGUGAUUAUCUCCCGUUUGCUAAUUGGUCAUACGCUAGUGACACAUGUUCAGCAACGAAGAAGCCCCAACAUGCCAAACCUGCCAACUUCCAGACUGCAGACUUACCGUGA